AACCCUAACCCAAUUGAGCGAGGCUAUGAGAGGGAGAGAAGUGAGAACUUGACGACCCGUUUCAAGAAGAACCGGAAGAAACAUGGGCACGUUAGUGAUGGGCAUGGCCGUAUCAGUAAGCACAAGAAGCACCUGGGAUGUAGGGGAAAUGCCAGAGGGAUGCACCACCACCACAUCCUCUUCGACAAGUACCAUCCGGGGUACUUUGGCAAGGUCGGCAUGAGGUAUUUCCACAAGCUGCGCAACAAGUUCUACUGCCCAAUCGUCAACGUCGACAAGCUCUGGUUGCCGAGAAGAAGAUCAAGGAGGCCGGUGGGGCUGUGGUUCUCACUGCUUAGGAGGUCGUUGGGUAAUCUCAGGUUUUGUGAGCGAUUUGUGGGUUCAGAGGCUGGUACUGAAUGUAUGGAUGCUUCAUUCUCCUUGUCCAGAAUUAUUGUGGAGGCUUUGGUGCAGAAUCUUGUCAAAUCUUUCUGGGUUUUUCUUCUGGGUCUAGUCAAUCUCUUUGUUUUUCUCUGCUAUCAUCAUAUUUGGUAUCCGGGUUCCAUCCGAUUCGAUUUUAAGAUAUCCGAUUUCGAUUUUAAGAUGAUUAUCGUGGGUUUGAAUUUGAUCUGGAAUUGGGAUAUUGAGAGAAAUCUCCCCCGCCCCAACCCAAAAAAAGUAAUUAGGUAAUCGCUUAACGGGUCAUCGGUAUGGAACAGAAUCAAGUCGGGUUGGAAAUUGGUGUUUUCGGGCAGGGUUGGGCCGGUGAACUGCCCUACUGGGUGAAUUGUAUAUAUACCAUAUGUAAACUUUCUCACACACACACACGUACAAUGUAUGUUUUAAAUAUUUUGAUAAUACCUCUCCUCCAACUUAAUCAAAAUAAUAAUUUGAUUGUAUCUCCUGUACAUAUUUCUAUAAUGCUUUGUAUUUAGCAAGACCGUUGAUGUUAGGCAAACCGAUAUAUGACACUGAACUGGUUGAUUGGAACCCUGGGUGAUGCUGCCUGUAUUUUUCUUUUCCCCCCUUUUAAUGAGUCAAAAGAAGGAAAGAAAAAUAGAGGCAUCACCAAGACUUAUCCCUACGCAUAACUUAAUCUGUUGCCCUGUAAUUGUUGCAUUAAUUUUUUGUCAUUCUAAUUGCGACUCUUGAUU